AUGAUGACAACAACAGCAAUAUGGGAAAUGCCUGAAUUUUAUCAUUUAGAUAAUGAAUUUUUUCGACCACAAGAAAAAAAACAAUUACAAAAUGCCUAUGAAAAUUUUAUAAUGAAUACAAAAUGUAAACCAUUUAAUCAUACUGAUAAUUUAGAUGAUGAAGAAAAUGCACAAAUGUUAUUACAAUCAAAAAUUCAAUUAUUUCAAUUAUUUGUUCGUACACAACCGGUUAAUAUUCGUAGUUUUAGUCUAUAUCAUCAACAACAACAACGUAUAUUUGUUGAACGUUUAUUUUAUCUUGUUUUAAAUAAUGUUGAAUUAACACAUUUUUCAACAUUUAAUGUUAAUUCGAUAAUAAGUAUAAGUAAAGAAUUAGAAAAAUAUCAACGUUCAACAAAUAAAACUAUAUUAAAUACUGGUAAACUUAAUACAGUUGUCCAAUUUGUUUUAUCAUUUUCAUCAUCAAGUAUAUCAUCAUUUCAAUUAAAUAAUCUUUUCUAUUUAUUAUUAAAUGAUAUGAAUGAUUUUUCCGGAAAAAUUAUUGAUCGUAUUGCUGAAUUAUUACGUGUUUAUCAUUCAAUGACAUAUGGACAUACAAUUUCAAAACAAUAUUUAAUUACAACAAUUGAUAAUGUAAUAAGCACGGUUAAUUUUACAAAUCCUCUUAUCUAUUCAUUAUAUGAAAAUUUUCUCAAUUCAUCUUAUGUUUACAAAGGUCCACUUAUAUUAACAUUAUCGAAAAAAAUAACAUGUAUUUCAUUAUAUACCAUCAUUCAAAAUUUAUCAAUUACUCUAUUAGGUAUAACAUAUGAUGAUUUUGAAUGUGAAGAUAAAUUUCUUUCAUUUACAUCUGAACAAUGUUAUCAUACACGUUUAAUUAUACGUCAUUUAACAUAUCUAUUUAAACAAUAUCAUUAUAUAUUAGAAUAUCCAUUAAAUAAUCUUAAUAAACAAAUUAUUAUUCAAUUAAUUAAUUCAAUUAUAUUUAAUGAACAAACUUAUGAUAGAUUAAAACAUCUACUUGAUUUAUAUAUGAAAUAUGUUCAUGGUUUUUCACAUAUUAAAAUAAAACGUCUUCUAUAUGAUUUAUUAAUAAAUUCUUCAUUUGAAUUAUAUGCAAUUGAAACAAUUGGAGAUUUUCUUGAAUUUAAUCGAUUUGAAUCAAAAUUAAAUUUAACUGAAAAUAAAAAUACGGAAGAUGAUUUAUGGCUUAAUAAUGAACAAAUUCGACUUAUUCUACAUAAAUUAUAUUCAAAUAAUAUAUAUAAUGAAAUAUUUCUACCAUUUAUUAAUGGAAAUUAUCGUGAAGAACAAACUCUUGAUGAUAUAUUGAAUUAUCUUGAUAAUAAUAUUGAAUGUGUACAAGAACAAGUCAUUGAUGUGCAAGAUAUGAAAAUUAAAUUAACAAUAUUACCAUAA